UAUAUAUUAUUAUAUUUCCCCGGCUCUUACAUUGUUUCCUAUUACGUCCAUUCAUGACAUCUGAAUGUUCAUUGAGGUGAAUGACUCCCAGAUUCUCAGGGGGAGGGAGGGAAGGAUGAGGAGGAAACGGGGAUGGAGGGGGCCUCCGAGGGGGUGAUGAUGAAGUCAAUAAAUAAGGGCAAGUGAGGCGAGUCAAAGAAGAGGAUUGCGCCGCAUUUCACGCGACACGAACGUCCCGACAUGUGUCCGUGUGUACAGUGCGUGCUUUACAGUGGAAUUCCUGUAGAGAGCAGUAGAUAGUUUUAAUAAGUGCUUACACCGCCGAGCGCUGCCCUUACUGUACCGGGCAUAAGCGGAGGGAGGAGCGAGCGUGUAGUAUUUCUUUUUCGCUUCUUUCCCCCGAUGUCGUUGCAGCCCAUCCAAACGCUACUGGAAGGCAGCAAAAAGAGGAAACAAACGGCUUCAAUCCGCGCUGAAGCUUUGCAGGAAGGAGCACUGGGGGUUGUUGUCCGAGCGGGGAGAUAAUUUGACGGUACGAGGAGCAGCAGCUUGGCCGAGGAAUGGGCUCGGAGUGAGGGGACGGGGGAGCCAUCCAGCGCUUCUCUACUGCUACACUUGUGCAUGAACCCGGGGACUUUCUCACGCUUUAUUUCCGCCUCGUAUCCCAGCGGGAAGUUGUGUCCAAACCGCGUGGGGAGUAACUGAAGGUGAAGAGUCUGCGAAGACCUGUGUUGGGAUAAAAGCUGUAUUCAAAUCUAAAGAAAGGGCACUGAAGUGAAGGCAGCUGACAACCAAGAACGGAGGCAAGGCGGACUACACAACGCAAGAGGCCUGGGGAAAUCAUUAACUCCACGCUCGCGCAGUAUGACUGCCUGGAUCCCAGUCCUGCCACUGCGUUCCUGAGACUGUCAUCCACCUCCAGCCCUGGCCUCAAGGCCAGCUGAUAUACCCGAGGAACCUACAUCAUCUUUCAUAUUUUCCAGCAUCACCCUGAGCAACAACACACCGGGUGCACUCCUUUUGGAGAAACGCCCAAAACCCACCUUCCGAGGACACCAGGGACCGGCCCCUAGGGACUGGCCCCUGUUAUGUUUUGUUGACCGACUCGUCCCAACCGGCGAAUGACAAGUGUGCAUCCGAGGGUGGGGCUUGCCUCAGUCUCUCAUGAUUGGCUGCUGGAUGGAAUUAAGGUGAAUGGAACACAUGCCCAAGGAGCAGGACUCUAACCCAUCAGAGGGAGAAGAGAAACAGUGGCUCAAUGGCCCAAAAAGGAAGAGGAAGAACAGCCAAUGUUCGGUGAAGAGCAUGACUGGGUACAUUCCCAGCUACCUCGAAAAGGAUGAGCCAUGUGUGGUGUGUGGCGACAAGGCCACGGGUUACCACUACCGCUGCAUUACCUGCGAGGGCUGCAAGGGUUUUUUUCGUAGGACCAUUCAGAAGAACCUCCACCCGGCCUACUCCUGUAAGUACGAUGGUUGCUGCAUCAUCGACAAGAUCACCCGCAACCAGUGCCAGCUGUGCCGCUUCAAGAAGUGCAUUGCUGUGGGCAUGGCCAUGGACUUGGUACUGGAUGACUCAAAACGGGUGGCUAAACGGCGCCUGAUUGAGGAGAACAGGGAGCGGCGUAAGAAGGAGGAGAUGGUAAAAUCCCUCCAGACCCGUCCGGAGCCCACGGGGGCCGAGUGGGAGCUGAUCCGCUUGGUGACGGAAGCCCAUCGUCACACCAAUGCUCAGGGCGCACAGUGGAAGCAGAAGCGCAAAUUCCUGCCAGAGAAAAUCGGCCAGUCUCCAGUCGCUCCAACAUCAGACGGAGACAAGGUGGACCUGGAGGCCUUCAGCGAGUUCACCAAGAUCAUCACUCCCAUCACCCGUGUCGUUGACUUUGCCAAAAAACUGCCCAUGUUCUCUGAGCUGCCUUGUGAAGACCAGAUCAUCCUGUUGAAGGGCUGCUGCAUGGAGAUCAUGUCCUUGCGCGCAGCCAUGCGCUACGACCCGGAGAGCGAGACGCUGACGCUCAGUGGGGAGAUGGCUGUGAAGCGGGAGCAACUGAAGAACGGCGGGCUGGGCGUGGUGUCGGACGCCAUCUUUGAUUUGGGCAAGAGCCUGGCACAAUUCAACCUUGACGACACGGAAGUGGCGCUCUUGCAAGCCGUGCUUCUCAUGAGCUCAGAUCGCUCAGGCCUGACCUGUACGGAAAAGAUCGAGAAGUGCCAGGAGACGUACCUGCGGUUCGAGCACUACAUCAACUACCGCAAGCACAACAUUCCCCACUUCUGGCCGAAGCUUCUGAUGAAGGUGACGGACCUGCGGAUGAUCGGGGCGUGCCACGCCAGUCGCUUCCUUCACAUGAAGGUGGAAUGUCCCAACGAACUUCCCCCGCUCUUCUUAGAGGUCUUCGAGGACCAGGAGGUGUGAGGCACACUUGCCGGCACGCAAAGGGAAGAGAAAGUUGGAGCGAAACAGAAGAUGGGUUAGUCCAUCGUGCUUGUGGGGGAAGAAUGGAGGGAGAAUCCUCUCUGCAGGAAUCUGCAUUUCUCUGACAUCAC